AUGAUAAAAAUUACUUAUCAUAAUAAAGUCAGCUCCAAUCAAAAAUUAAACUUUAUAAAAGAAUGUUUAUAUUGUUACUAUUUUCCUUGUCAAAAAAAAAAAAAAAUAGAAAGCGAUAACUUCACUGAUCUUGAUUCUGAAGACAAUUUUUAUAAUAUUGAUGAACUAUUCAAAGAUUAUACUUCAGACUCUGAUAAUCAAGUCAUUCAAGAAACUAGUACUAGUUUGUCUUUAUCAUCUCAAAACUAUUACAGAAAAAAAAAAAAACUUGGUUCAACAAUUUGGCCUCAUUUUAAUACCAACACAACUGCUCGCCUUAGAGUACCUUAUAGAACACCAACAAGACAAGCAGCAAAAAUAAUGAUAAUGAAUAAAUUCAAAAAUAAAACUUUAGCGCUUACUACUGAUAAUGAAUCUGCAAUAAUUGUUUAUGGAAGGUUAAUUGUACAAGAACUACAAGAUGAGUUUGAUAAUAUCAGAUUUUCACACUAUCGCUGUGUAGCACAUAUACUCAACUUGGCUGCAAAAAAAGGAUUAGAAAUGGUUGAUUCUUUAGUAGGAAAAGUUAGAAACUUAAUGUCAAAACUUAGAGUAUCUACUUGUCUUUGUAAUGAUUUACGUGAAUUAUGUAAACUUAAAGGAAUUCUAUUUCUUAAACCUGAGUUGGAUAUUGAUACAAGAUGGAAUAGUACAUAUUACAUGUUACAAAAAAUACAAAAAAUAGAAGCAGCUCUUAACUUACUUGUAGUAGACCAUCCAUCAAUCCGUUUGUUAUAUCCCAAUAUUAAUGAGCAGCAAAACUUAUAA